AUGAAGUUCCUGAUCGAUGACCUUCCCAUUCUCUUCCCCUACCCCAGGAUCUAUCCAGAACAAUAUGCAUACAUGUGCGAUCUCAAACGCACUCUGGAUGCAGGAGGCCACUGUGUCCUGGAGAUGCCUUCGGGAACCGGAAAGACUGUCACAUUGCUGUCUCUCAUCGUGGCAUAUCAACAACAUUAUCCAGAGCAUCGCAAACUUAUUUACUGCUCACGUACAAUGUCUGAGAUUGAAAAGGCACUUGCAGAGCUGAAGGCCCUGAUGAACUAUCGAUCCGAACAACUCGGCCAUGUCGAAGAUUUCCGUGGACUGGGCCUCACUUCACGCAAGAACCUCUGCUUGCACCCUUCAGUGAAGAGAGAAAAGAGUGGUGCUAUUGUCGAUGCCAGAUGUCGUUCACUCACAGCAGGAUUUGUCAAGGAGAAGAAGGAGAAGGGUGAAGAUGUGGAACUCUGCGUCUAUCACGAGAAUCUGGAUCUUUUGGAGCCACAUAACCUGAUACCUCCGGGUGUUUUCACAUUCGACGAUGUGCUAAAAUACGGCGAAGAGCAAAAGCAGUGUCCCUAUUUCACAGUUCGACGAAUGAUGCCUUUCUGCAAUGUCGUCAUCUACUCAUAUCAUUAUCUGCUAGAUCCAAAGAUUGCCGAAAGAGUGUCAAAAGAACUCUCAAAAGAUUGUAUUGUUGUUUUCGAUGAAGCUCACAACAUCGACAAUGUUUGCAUUGAGUCGCUGAGUAUCGACAUUACUGAAGACUCAUUACGGAAAGCAGGAAGAGGCGCUGCCAAUUUGGAGCAAAAGAUCCGCGAGAUGAAAACUACGGAUGCAGCAAAACUACAGAACGAAUACGCAAAACUGGUACAGGGCCUGCGAGAUGCAGACGAGGCGAACGACGAGGGUGCCUUCAUGAGGAACCCAGCCCUUCCAGACGAUUUGCUGAGCGAAGCUGUACCGGGCAACAUCAGAAGAGCAGAGCACUUCGUUGCCUUCCUCAAACGUUUUGUCGAAUACUUGAAGACUCGCAUGAAAGUUCUGCACGUCAUCUCGGAGACACCGCCAUCAUUCUUGCAGCAUCUCAAGGAGUUAACCUUCAUUGAGCGAAAACCUCUACGAUUCUGUGCGGAGCGUCUGACAUCUUUGGUACGAACACUUGAACUCCAAAAUAUCGAGGACUACCAACCACUACAAGAAGUCGCCAGUUUCGCGACUCUGGUCGCAACAUACGAGACAGGCUUCCUGCUCAUCUUGGAGCCGUACGAAUCAGAAACUGCCACUGUACCCAACCCAAUCCUUCACUUUACCUGUCUAGACGCCGCGAUUGCCAUCAAGCCCGUCUUUGAGCGCUUCAGCAGUGUAGUCAUCACCUCUGGUACAAUCUCUCCCCUGGAAAUCUACCCAAAGAUGCUAGGCUUCAACACAGUCGUCCAAGAAUCUUACUCCAUGACGCUGGCCCGACGCUCUUUCUUGCCCAUGAUUGUGACCAGAGGAAGCGAUCAAGGUGCCAUCUCCUCCUCCUUCACAAUCAGAAACGACCCGGGAGUCGUGCGCAACUACGGAAACCUGCUCAUCGAAUUCUCAAAAAUCACACCCGAUGGCGUCGUCGUCUUCUUCCCUUCUUAUUUGUACAUGGAAAGCAUUAUUUCCAUGUGGCAAGGUAUGGGUAUCCUCGACCAAGUCUGGAAACACAAACUCAUCCUCGUCGAAACACCGGAUAGUCAAGAAACGUCCCUGGCACUCGAGACCUAUCGCACGGCAUGCAGUAACGGCAGAGGCGCCAUCCUCCUCUGUGUCGCGCGCGGUAAAGUAUCGGAAGGAAUCGAUUUCGACCAUCACUAUGGCAGAACGGUGCUCUGCAUCGGCGUACCCUUCCAAUACACCGAAUCACGUAUUCUCAAGGCUCGCCUCGAGUUCUUGCGUGAAACGUAUAGGAUCAGAGAGAAUGACUUCCUGUCCUUUGACGCCAUGAGACACGCCGCACAAUGUCUCGGUCGUGUGUUGCGCGGAAAAGACGAUUAUGGAAUCAUGGUCCUCGCCGACCGUCGUUUCGGCAAAAAGCGAGUGCAACUACCAAAAUGGAUCAACGCUGCCUUACUCGAAGGUGACAGCAAUCUCUCGGUCGAUCAAGCAGUUGCAACGGCAAAGAGGUUUUUGAAAAUGAUGAGUAAGCCAUUUCCGUCCAAGAUGCAGGAAGGUGUUUCUACGUGGAGUAUUGAGGAUUUGAAUCGGCAUAGGGAGAAGAUGGACAGGGAAAGGGCUAGGGAUGAGAGGAAUGCUGGGGUUGGGGGUGAUGAGGUUAUGAGGGAGGCUCAACAGGCUGCGGAGGAUGAGUAUGGUGGGUUGGAUGAUGAUGAUAUUAUGCAAGUUGAUGCUUGA